AUGCUAUCACAGCCCAAGACCAAGGAUUCCUUUAACGACUUCACUCCAAAUGAUGUCAUUAUUCCCCAGAGAAAGAAAUGUGGCUCUGACUACCAAAAAGAGCAUAAUCUGAAGAAUGGUCUUCAAAAGGAGGCCACAGUUCUUGGAACUAUCCAGAUCCUGUCUUGCCUGAUAAUUUCAAGCUUGGGGGCAAUAUUGGUUUCUGCUUCCUACUCUUCCCACUUCAACCCAGAAGUCUCUACCAUUCUGAUAUCUGGAUACUCAUUCGUAGGAUCUCUGUGUUUUGCCAUUACGGGAUCCCUCUCAAUUACCUCUGGGAAAAAAUCAACUAAGCCCUUUGCCAUGAGCAGCCUGACUUCCAAUGCUGUGAGUGCUGUGGCCUCUGGAGCAGGCCUCAUCCUUCUCGCUGACAGCUUGAUAGCCCUGGGGACUGCCUCUCAGCAGUGUGACUCAGAAAAGACACAUCUAUCAUCACUGCCUUACUCAGACUACUAUUAUUCAAUAUAUGAAACCACGGACUGCCCCCAGGCCAGUGCCAGUCUAACAGGUGUGCUGGUGGUAAUGCUCGUCUUCACUGCGCUGGAACUCUUACUAACUGUAUAUGCAUCUACGCUUUGGUGGAAACAAGUCUAUUCCAACAACCCUGGGACCACAUUUUUCCUUCCUCGGUCACAAGAGCAAAUACAACGUGGCAAAAAGAGUCCUUCAAGAUCAUGGAUAUGA